AUGACUAUUGAACCAUCUUCUUACUUAUUUUCCUCCAAAAUUGCUUCCCUUCUGCCAAUGGUUGUAGGUGGUAAAGGAAAUUAUCUCACGAUUGAGGACCCUAUUACUCGUGAAAGACGUCAAAUUUUUGAUGCUUUAGGUGGUGCGGCUGUUACUGCUUUAGGACACGGUGACGAGGACAUUAUCAAUGAAAUGGCAGAAGCUGCAAAAGAAUGUACUUAUUCUUUUCCUGCUUCCAUGACUAACUAUCAUGCAGAACAAUUAGCUAAAUUUUACAUCAACACUUCUCCGGAAGGUGUUUUUGCAAGUGCCUUGUUCACCGGUUCAGGUUCUGAAGCAAAUGAAAAUGCAAUGAAAAUUAUAAGACAAUAUUACUUGGAAAAAGGUGAACCAGAAAGGACUGUUUUCAUCAGUCGUAAACAAUCGUAUCAUGGUUAUACCCUCGGUGCAUUAUCCUUAGGUGAAUCAUCAAGGAAAGACCAGUUUAGAGAAAUCACUUUACCAGCUACGCAAACACCAAAGGUAUCACCAUGUUAUCCAUACCGCCAUCAAUCAGCAGAUGAAAGUCUUGAACAGUACACUGAAAGAUUAUUGAAUGAAAUAGAAGAAACUUUCGUUGCUGUUGGUCCUGGUAAAGUAGCUUCAUUCGUAUGUGAAACGCUCACGGGCUCCACAUUUGGGACUUGUCCAGCUACUCCUGGGUACUUGCAAGGCGUAAGACGUAUUUGUGACAAGUAUGGAAUUAUUAUGUGGCUCGACGAGGUUAUGUGUGGUACUGGAAGAUCUUCUUCAACGGGAGGUUUAAACUGUUGGGAAUCAUACGAAGGUUUCAUGGGACCUGAUAUUCAAACCAUUGGUAAAACUUUAGGAUCUGGAUAUGUUACCAUUGCAGGGAUUCUAGUUUCCCCUAAGAUAAAGAAAGCAUAUAUGGAAGGGUCGGGAUAUAUCGCUGGUGCUCAAACUUAUCAUCAACAUUCAUUUAAUUGUCGUGUUGCUCUUGCUGUUCAGAAGAAGAUACAUGCUUUAGGAUUACGUCAAAAUUCUUUUGAGAAAGGACAGCUUUUAGGAAAAUUGUUACGAGAGAAUGGCUUGGAAUCCACUAAAUAUAAAAUAAUUGGUGACGUCAGGGGGUUGGGUGGAUUUUGGUCUUUAGAAAUUGUUAAAAAUAAAGAAUCAAAAGAACCUUUCCCAGCAGAGUUAAAAGUAGGUAUGAAGAUUGCUGCCAAAUGUUUGUCAAACGGUAUGACUGCAAAUGGAAUGGAUGGGACUAUUGAUGGUAAGUCCGGUGACCAUAUUUCUCUUGCUCCUACUUUUAUCACUACAGAAGAAGAAAUCAAGUUCAUAGCGCAAACUCUUUUAAAGAGUGUCCAUGAAGUUGAAGAAGAUUUAAUUGCCUGUGGCGCUUUGUGA